AUGGAAUCGCAAAAGGAGAUAUGGGAACUCUUUCAAGAGCUCCAUAUUGGAGCAAAUCAGUUAAAGUGGGUCGUUCAUGAAGAUGCUCAAAGGAAAUUCGAAAAUGAUCAUCGUCUUUAUCUUGUUGCAAGGGAUCUUAACCCGAAUCACCAGAACCCGGUGGAAAUUAAAGCGUUGAUGCCCAAAGUUUUGUCGUUAAUCGAACAGGUUAAAGGUCAGGUUAACGAAGAUGAUACUAUCAACUUCUACUUUACAAAAGAGCAUCAUCUGCUUACAGUUCUCGACAACGGCCCUUAUUCCUAUCAAGGAUGGAUAAUUGCUCUUGAUCGAUGCAAUCACCGUCACUACCCUAAUUUUCUUCAAGAGAUUCCGUUCUGGGUCAAGAUCAAGAACAUACCAUCUGUUUUCAGGCGAACUGGGAUUGCCAAUAACAUCGCCUCUAACCUUGGUCAAGUUCGAGAUGUCAUAGUCAUUGAACAGACUGUUAAUCAACCAGGUGAGGUUUGGGCAAAGGCUGAUUUUGAUGUUGAUUCCGAGAUUACUCGAGCAAGACAAAUACAAAUCACUAGCCACUCUCAGUCUGUUGAGCUUGAGUUUUGA